UUUCUCUAAGGGCCUAAAAUGCAUUUGCCCAGUUGCAUCCUCAGCCUUUCCCGGAAGCAGAUCAUCUGGGUUUGGUAAGAGAGAAAAAGGAGGAUGGGAACUCCAGAAACUCCUCCCGGCUGAGCCUCCUCAUUCUGGCACUCGGUCCCACUGUACUAAGCGAGCCCUGACCUAUUUAUCUUACUGUUUCUUCCUUCUCAGACCCCCCCACGUCCUGCCCCAGCUUCGGGGUUUCAGAACUCUCCUACCGUCGCGUUAGUCGCCCUUCUUCCACAUCACGAAUACCCUACCUAAGCAGGACCGGCAGAAUAUCCCAGCCAGGGACCCCCUUUUCUCUGGCAUCCGGUGCUUCCGCCUCCGGGGCAGAGACUCCGCCCCCUCACCGUCCCAGCUGAAUUCCCUGGAAGAGCAGCCGGAAAAGCCUCCGUCUGCUCACAUCGGGAUAAGCGAGAAGCUGGUUCUUUCUCGCAGCCCACUGCGCUCGAGGACCCUCCGCGGCGGCCGGCACAGCAGCAUCCGGGCCCCGCUCCGGCCCGGCACGGGCGGCGUGUGGGCGACUUCAGCACCACGGACAGCGCCCCGCCGGCGGCCCUCGGCCAGCCGCGCGCUCCAGCCGCUCGAGGCGAGUUGGCGAGCUAUGCCCACGGCAUGGCCCUGCGCCCCGGCCCCAUGGCGCUGCUUCUCAGUUUCUGCCUCCUUGGGCUGUGCUCAGGAGUCUGGGGUACAGACACAGAGGAGCGGCUGGUGGAGCAUCUCCUGGACCCUUCACGCUACAAUAAGCUUAUCCGUCCGGCCACCAAUGGCUCUGAGCUGGUGACGGUACAGCUCAUGGUAUCACUGGCCCAGCUCAUCAGUGUGCAUGAGAGGGAGCAGAUCAUGACCACCAAUGUCUGGCUGACCCAGGAGUGGGAGGAUUAUCGCCUCACCUGGAAGCCUGAGGAGUUCGACAACAUGAAGAAAGUUCGGCUCCCUUCCAAACACAUCUGGCUCCCAGAUGUGGUCCUGUACAACAAUGCUGAUGGCAUGUAUGAGGUGUCCUUCUAUUCCAACGCUGUGGUCUCCUACGACGGCAGCAUCUUCUGGCUGCCACCUGCCAUCUAUAAGAGUGCAUGCAAGAUCGAAGUAAAGCACUUCCCAUUUGACCAGCAGAACUGCACCAUGAAGUUCCGUUCGUGGACUUACGACCGCACGGAGAUUGACUUAGUGCUCAAGAGUGAUGUGGCCAGCCUGGAUGACUUCACUCCCAGUGGCGAGUGGGACAUUGUGGCGCUGCCCGGUCGCCGCAAUGAGAACCCAGACGACUCCACUUAUGUGGACAUCACCUACGACUUCAUUAUUCGGCGCAAGCCACUCUUCUACACCAUCAAUCUCAUCAUCCCCUGUGUGCUUAUCACCUCACUAGCCAUCCUUGUCUUUUACCUACCGUCCGACUGCGGUGAGAAGAUGACGCUGUGCAUCUCGGUGCUGCUGGCGCUCACAGUCUUCCUGCUGCUCAUCUCCAAGAUCGUGCCGCCCACCUCCCUCGACGUGCCCCUUGUGGGCAAGUACCUCAUGUUCACCAUGGUGCUCGUCACCUUCUCUAUCGUCACCAGUGUGUGUGUGCUCAAUGUGCACCACCGCUCACCCACCACUCACACCAUGGCGCCCUGGGUCAAGGUCGUCUUUCUGGAGAAGCUGCCCACGCUGCUCUUCAUGCAGCAACCGCGCCACCACUGCGCCCGCCAACGUCUGCGCCUGCGGCGGCACCAGCGGGAGCGCGAGGGCGCAGGUGCCCUGUUCUUCCGCGAAGCCCCGGGGGCCGACUCCUGCACGUGCUUCGUCAACCGCGCCUCCGUCCAGGGCUUGGCUGGGGCCUAUGGGGCUGAACCAACGCCGGCCCCAGGCCCGGGACGACCCGGGGGACCGUGCGGCUGCGGUCUCCGGGAGGCGGUGGACGGCGUUCGCUUCAUUGCGGACCACAUGCGGAGUGAGGACGAGGACCAGAGCGUGAGUGAGGACUGGAAGUACGUUGCCAUGGUGAUUGACCGCCUGUUCCUUUGGAUCUUCGUGUUUGUCUGUGUCUUCGGCACCGUCGGCAUGUUCCUGCAGCCUCUCUUCCAGAACUACACCACCGCCACCUUCCUCCACACAGACCAUUCGGCUCCCAGCUCCAAGUGAGGCCCUUCCCAGCUCCAAGCUCCUUCACCCCUCUGCCCACUGUUGGACAAUACUUUUGGGGUGAGGAGGGACAAGUGAGCUGCCAGGAAGAGGGGCGCUGCCAUCACCAAUCCAUCCUAUCACCUCGCCUGGAGCCACUCCCUCACACCCUGACCCACACAGCCAGCACCCACCUGGCGGCUGGACCAGCUGCGUUGUGUUUUGGCUGCCGUCCUCCUCUCGUACCAACCCAGGCAAUAGUGUUGCUGGACCAGGAUAAAGGCUGGGAAGUGGAGGACAGAGACCUCUGAGCCUUCCACCCUGAGGACGGUGUGAUGGGGGAGGGCCGAGAACGGGACAGAAUCUCCCACUGCCUCCAGAGCAGGGGGAAGGGGCCUGCGGCAGGAGGGGAGGCUGGACAGAGGCUCCGGUUAUGCAACGGUAGCUCAGAAGGGAGCAGCAAGAGGGGGGAGGCCUGGAUCUGACAUCUGCCCCUGCCUAAGGAGAGGCAGCUGGGCAGCCCCGAGGGCUAGCCUGGCGCUGCUGCCCGACUCCGGGGGAGGCUUGAGCCCAGCCCCUUCUCCGGGUGAAGAAUUCUCCGCACCUCAUAGACGUCCCUCUCCUGCCUUUCCUCUUUGGACCGGGGUGUGGUGGGCAAGGUAUUAGGAAAGCCUCUGACUUCUGAGUCUCUGGGUGACCUCCUUGGAGCCUGAGGUCCAAAUACUUGGACUCUGUGCAAGUUCACCGCUUCCCCGCACCCCCGACUGAACUGACUGGUUGUUUGACGUGAGUAAACUAAGGAUGUCAGCUUUAAGCAGGCCCAGCCUUUCUGCCCAGAGCGGAGCAGGCCGGGCAGGAGGGAGCGGCUGGAGGCCAGCUGCGCAGGGAGUGCGCGGCCGGGACGGGGCCACAUCAGCACUGCCUCUGCUCCGGAGCUUCAGCGCGCAGCUCGUCUUUCCUGCUCCGGCGCCUCCUCUUUUCCCUGCCAACCAAACCAGGGCAGGGUCUAAGCCGAACUUCAGAAGGACAGGCCCGCUGCUACCGGCUCCCCAGAAAGCACAGCCUUCGGCUUCCUGUCCUGUGGUCCCUGGAGGCUGUAUCCUGACGCUGCUCCCAGGGGCCGGCUGGAGGCCACCUGGCCCAUUAGCCGAGGAAACAGACCUCAUACAGGAUCUCCUGCCCCCACCCCCUCACCCCCACGUGGCCCUGAUUGGUGGUCCCAGUCUGUGCUCAUUGCCAGGCCAGCAGGUGGCCGGUCACAGAGGGGUCAGUCUGCCAAGUGCACCCGGGGGCCCGCUGUCCCGCGGAGGCCAGCUGGACUCCUGCUCCU